CGCCCCUCUGGGCGCUUCUUCCGGGUGGGGCCGGGGGCCAAGGCGAUGGCACCCUGGGCGCUCUUCAACCCUGGGGUUCUGGUACGGACCGGGCACACGGUGCUGACCUGGGGGAUCACGCUGGUGCUCUUCCUGCACGAUACCGCGUUGCGGCAGUGGGAAGAGCAGGGGGAGCUGCUCCUGCCCCUCACCUUUCUGCUGCUUGUGCUGGGCUCCCUGCUGCUCUACCUGGCCGUGUCACUCAUGGACCCAGGCUACGUGAACAUCCAGCCCCAGCCCCAGGAGGAAGUCAAGGAGGAGCAGACAGCCAUGGUUCCUCCGGCCAUCCCCCUUCGGCGCUGCAGAUACUGCAUGGUGCUGCAGCCCCUGCGGGCCCGCCAUUGCCGUGAGUGUCGUCGCUGUGUCCGCCGCUACGACCACCACUGCCCCUGGAUGGAGAACUGUGUGGGGGAGCGCAACCACCCGCUCUUCGUGGCCUACCUGGCACUACAGCUGGUGGUGCUUCUGUGGGGCCUGUACCUGGCAUGGUCUGGCCUCCGGUUCUUCCAGCCCUGGGGGCUGUGGCUGCGGUCCAGCGGGCUCCUGUUCGCCACCUUCCUGCUGCUCUCCCUCUUCUCGUUGGCGGCCAGCCUGCUCCUGGCCUCACACCUCUACCUGGUGGCCAGCAACACCACCACCUGGGAGUUCAUCUCCUCGCACCGCAUUGCCUACCUCCGCCAGCGCCCUGGCAACCCCUUCGACCGUGGCCUGACUCGCAACCUGGCCCACUUCUUCUGCGGCUGGCCCUCGGGGUCCUGGGAGACCCUCUGGGCCGGGGAGGAUGAGGAAGAGAGCAGCAGCCAGGCUGCUUAGGGGCACAGGAGGCACGGCCACCAUCUCCAGCCUGAAAACUGCGAGGGCCGCCCCCAGGGGCCUCGGGCUUCUCGUUUCUGCCCACUCCUCCCAGGCCUCAGAGAAGAGAUGACAGAAGCCUUGCCUCGGUGGGCAGUCCUGCCUCCGAAGAAAGAAGGGGAGGAAGAGGACCUGUGGGGGCUGCGGCACCAACGCACAGGCUUCUAAAGCAGAAGGCCUCCAGUGCACAGUUUUAUAUAUUUAAUAAUCCAUAAAGCAAGUCAAGUAUUAAAAAACAAAACAGA